AUGAAGGUUGUCGAAUCAGCCGACUCUGUAGUCUUCCCAGAGAAUGUUACUUUCUCUGUAAAGAACCGUAUUGUCCGUGUCAAGGGACCACGCGGAGAGCUCGUCCGCAACUUCCGUCACCUUCAUAUGGAGAUGGAGAGAGUCGGAAAAAACACCCUUCGUGUUCGCAAGUGGUUCGGAGUCCGCAAGGAAAUCUCUGCCAUCCGUACCGUCUGCUCUCACAUCAAGAACAUGAUCAAGGGAGUCACCGUUGGAUACCGUUACAAGAUGAGAUCUGUAUAUGCCCAUUUCCCCAUCAAUAUCACCAUCCCUAACAAGUCUACCGUUGAAAUCAGAAACUUCUUGGGAGAGAAGAUCGUCCGCAAGGUUGAUCUCCCAACCGGAGUUCUCGCUGUCAUCUCUACCGCCCAAAAGGACGAGUUGAUCAUUGAAGGAAACGACAUCCAAGACGUUUCUCAAGCUGCUUCCCGCAUUCAACAAUCCACCACUGUUAAGGAGAAAGAUAUCCGUAAGUUCCUUGACGGUAUCUACGUUUCUGAGAAGACCACCAUCGUUCAAGAAAACUAA